AUGGCCAAAGUCGAGAAUAAGGCGGUUCUGAUCGUUAUCGAUGGCUGGGGUAUUCCGUGCCCUGAUUCCCCUGCCAAUGGCGAUGCUAUUGCCGCCGCCGAGACUCCAGUGAUGUCCGGCUUUGCAGAAGAAGGAUCGAAGACUGCCCAAGGAUACACCGAGAUCGACGCCUCUUCUAUCGCUGUAGGCCUUCCUGAGGGUCUUAUGGGAAACAGUGAGGUCGGCCAUUUGAACAUCGGCGCCGGGAGAGUGGUGUGGCAGGAUGUGGUCCGCAUCGACCAGACCUUGAAGAGCGGAAAGCUGAACCAAGUAGAGAAUAUCGUGAAGUCAUUCAAGAACGCAAAGGAUGGAAACGGCCGACUGCACCUUCUUGGCCUCAUCUCCGAUGGUGGUGUUCAUUCUCAUAUUAAACACUUGUUCGGCCUGCUUCAGGUAGCAAAGGAAAUCGGAGUACCAAAGGUGUUCAUCCAUUUCUUUGGUGAUGGAAGAGACACAGACCCAAAGAGUGCAGUGAGCUACAUGGAACAGCUGUUGGAGAAGACCAAGGAGCUCGGAGUUGGCGAGCUGGCCACGGUAGUGGGCCGAUACUAUGCCAUGGACCGCGAUAAGCGAUGGGAUCGUAUUGAGAUUGGCAUGAAGGGUAUCGUUACUGGAGAGGGCGAGGAGUCCACCGACCCUGUCAAGACAAUCAAGGAGAGAUAUGAAAAGGGCGAGAAUGAUGAAUUCUUGAAGCCCAUCAUUGUUGGCGGAGACGAACGCAGAGUUAAAGACAACGACACUCUUUUCUUCUUCAACUACCGCUCCGACCGUGUUAGGGAAAUAACCCAGCUCUUGGGAGAUGUUGACCGAUCCCCAAAACCGGACUUCCCCUAUCCUAAGAACAUCUCUCUCACCACCAUGACCAGAUAUAAAACUGACUACCCUUUCCCCAUUGCCUUUGCUCCUCAACACAUGGGUAACGUUUUAGCUGAGUGGUUGAGUAAAAAACAACUCAAGCAGUGCCACAUUGCCGAGACUGAAAAGUAUGCCCAUGUCACCUUCUUUUUCAACGGAGGUGUCGAGAAACAAUUCGAAGGUGAAGACCGAGAAAUGAUUCCAUCUCCAAAAGUCGCAACCUAUGACCUUGACCCUAAGAUGAGCGCACAGCCAGUUGGUGAGAAGCUCGCCGAGAGAAUUGCGGAUAACAAGUACGAAUUCCUGAUGAACAACUUCGCUCCUCCGGACAUGGUUGGCCAUACCGGUGUCUACGAAGCUGCUAUCAAGGGCGUAGCUGCCACAGAUGCCGCUAUUGGCUGUGUGUAUGAAGCUUGCAAGAAACACGGAUACGUCCUGUUUGUCACUGCUGACCAUGGAAACGCCGAAGAAAUGAAGAACGCAGAUGGAAGCCCGAAGACUUCCCACACCACCAACUUCGUUCCAUUUGUCAUGGCAAACGCUCCAGAAGGAUGGAGUUUGAAGAAAUCUGGCGGUGUUCUUGGUGAUGUUGCUCCCACCAUCCUGGAUGUUAUGGGUAUUGAGAAGCCCAAGGAAAUGGAGGGCUCUAGCUUGCUUGUCAAAGCAUAG